CAUUUCCACACAACACUUUAAGAUGCACAAAAAUUAAAUAAAAAAAAAUGUGUGUCCUUUUUGAAGGAGGAAAAAAUGGCUAAUGUUUCCAUUUGUUGCUGCUUUGCCAAUUCUUCAAUUACUCCAACAAUUUCACAAUUCAAUACAAUAAAUUUGAGAGGCCAGAGAUCAUUUGUUACUUCCGCUGCAAAGUCUGGAGGCUUUUCACUUAAAUCAAUUGGGAGUAGGUGCGAAGGAUGCGGCGGUAAAGGUGCAAUAGAGUGUCCCGGAUGCAAGGGAACAGGAAAGAAUAAGAAGAAUGGGAACAUAUUUGAAAGAUGGAAGUGUUUUGAUUGCCAAGGGUUUGGGUUGAAGAGUUGCCCAGUUUGUGGAAAAGGAGGACUUACUCCUGAACAACGAGGUGAAAGAUAGUAGACACGUUGGAUUCAAUUCUUAAUAUCUCUUUCUUUUUUAUAUUUUCGAUACGAUAUCCCAAUGUUACACUGCAAGAAAAAUAACUCUCCUCCAAUAUCCCCAUAUAUCUUUCAAGUGUCACACAUAGUGCAACUUCUAUCUCAUAAGAUUAAUUAUUUAAAUUAGAUACCAAACAAUUUUCACAAUGGUUGUAUGAGAAAUUGAUCAAACAUAAA